CUCACACGGCACGCAGGCACGCAGCACUUGGCAGCAGUCGGGAACCAGAGCUGCAAGAAGGAGAAGGACAUGGGCGUCGAUUUUGGGUCUAACAGCGCAGCGACCAUGAAGCAGAGGGCGGUGGCAAAGCAGCCAGAUGCUGGUAGCGCUGCGGCGGAGCCUCCUGUGAAGCCCUCGCCGUCCAAGCCGUCCCUACUGUCCAUCGUGGCAGGGGACGCGUCGCUGUUGAUGGCGGCGUCUGGCGUCUGCACUGUGGCUCUGUCGGGGCUAGUGUCGCUCACGAUGGUGGCUCUGGACGACAACUUGACGUCUGUGACCGAACUGCGCCUGUUCUCGACCUCCAUGGUCACGGGCUCCGUGCUGUUCGUUGUUGGUGUGCUGAAUGGCAUGUUGAGAUACUCGAAUCGGAAGGCCAACGCUGCCCCCGGAGAGAUCGUCCUGCCCCCUGGCCAUCCUCCUAUUUCACCCGACAAGCUAGCAGAGAUGGUCGAGCUGGACGAGAACGGAAAUCCCAAGAAGCGCAUCAGUCGCUGCCCGCUGGGGUUCUAG